AUGACGGAAGCGAUGAUCAGGAAGAAGCCAGGAAUGGCCAGCGUGAAGGACAUGCCGGUUCUUCAGGACGGUCCACCUCCCGGCGGUUUUGCUCCGGUCCGGUUCGCUCGUCGAAUCCCUAACACUGGUCCGAGUGCAAUUGCGAUUUUUCUCACCACGUUUGGUGCUUUCUCGUGGGGGAUGUACCAGGUUGGACAGGGUAACAAGAUCCGAAGGGCACUGAAAGAAGAGAAAUAUGCUGCCCGCCGAGCAAUACUGCCUGUGCUGCAGGCUGAAGAGGAUGAGAGAUUUGUUAAAGAGUGGCAUAAGUAUCUUGAAUACGAGGCAGAUGUCAUGAAGGAUGUGCCUGGUUGGAAGGUUGGUGAAAGUGUCUAUAAUUCUGGAAGAUGGGUGCCCCCAGCAAGCGGUGAGCUGCGUCCCGAUGUCUGGUGA